AUGCCUGACGAUAGGAAACGGAUUCGUGUGGCCUGUGACGCGUGCCGCCGGAAGAAGAUCAAAUGUGACGGGAAAGUGCCUUGUUCCCAUUGCAAGUCAGCCAAUGAACAGGUGUGUCACUAUGCUGAAAGACAACCCAAGAAACAGCGGAACCUAGGGGCUAGGGACUCGAAAUUGCUGCUUAGUGCUCGUAUGGAGCGUUUAGAGGAGAUUAUCUUGGAUUUGAGUGACCGAUUAGGCGGCCUGACCGAUGCUAGAGAUAGAAUCGUCUCAGGAAGACCAAGUAACCUGGAUUCGGAAGAUUCGGACGAUUCGGCCGAAAACGGCGAUGCUACCUACUCACGAGUCGCCAGUGAAGCUGCUGACGGCAAUACUUCAGGCAACAAGAAGGGCCGGAAUGCUCUUCCGCUUAAGAACCUUGAGCUCUUCUUUGGCGCACACUCGUUUGCCAGUGUGGUGUCGAAAAGCUCCAUCGACUGGAUGAUAGAACAGGUUGGAGAUGAAAAUAAGGAUCUUAUUCAGCCAUUGUCGAACAUGCCAUUAUUAUUUCAGAGUAAAACAAUGCUGUUCUAUGCCAAGUGGAUUGAUCCACCAGCAUUGUCUACUGAAAAGAAGCAAAAGCUCAUGACUCGGCCAUUCCCUGAAAACUCCACACUUGUAUUUGGUAUCUUGGAUAUGUUUAUGACGCCUAUACUCCGAAUGGAGGGCGUAGGUGAUAUCAAGAGGAUAAGAGGCAUGUUUGAGAAGUAUUACAAUGGCAAGCAACGGUUUAGUUUGGCUGAGCUUUUGACCAUGACAGUUUCACUUGCCUUCCUGAUAUUCAUGCGCUUUGAAACAAACGUGGGCCCGCUAGAACAAGUGAACGACGGCACUGAAUGGUCUGAUAAGUCCCUUCGUCAGUUAGAGGACACUCUUAUGAAUAAUGCCAUUUUUUUCUACCACCGACUCAGCGUUGUGGGCGGUGGUAUCGACACCAUCGAGGCUAUUUUGCUCUUUACAGGUUACUUGGAAUGCCAUUGGUAUGCUCCCGAGGUCAACUACAUGCUUUUGGUUCCUGCUAUACGUUAUGCCCAAGAUAUGGGUCUUCAUAGAAUCGAGAGUUACGAAAUGUUGGACGUCGAUACUGCCUCAUAUCGUAAGCGUAUUUGGUGGGUGUGCUGUUACAUGGAUAUGGAAAUUUGCUUCAGGAACGGUAAGUCGCCGAUCAUUAACCGAGCCGACGUGAGCCCUGAGCUUCUUGACAUUGACGUUGCCGAAAUUGCUGUAUCGGAAACGCCGCUCAUUAGGUCAUUGCACAAGUAUUUCUCCAACGUCUUGCUGAUUCGAGCACGAAGCUACGAGUGGCUUUUCUCGGCAACUGCAGAUGUCGGGGACUUUGCUUCGCUUCUGAGAAACUUGGAUGCCCUCAACGAAGAGCUUUUUGCUACGGCUGAUAAGCUACCACCAUCGAUGAAGCCUGUGUUCUUCAACGACACUGCGUUCCAUAUUGUCAACCAUAAGGAUAAAGUGGAGAAUGAGACGAGUUGGGCAGUCAGGCUUACUUUCUUCUACCACAUUAUGCUUAUCAACAGACUCCCACUGAUGUUCAGUUUUGAGGAUGAAGACGUGGACCGCAAGGCUUACUACCUGAACCUCUCGCUCAAUAGUGCUCGUACCAUGGCCCAUUUGUUGAAAAGCAGUGAAGGAGCUAACCUCAGUAAUUCCUUCUUUGAAUGGGUUCUCUUCUUCCCUUCCAGUGCCUUUUUGCACUUGCUGACGGUGAUCAUGAAGCAUCCAAAAUCACCAGAAGCCUAUAGCGACUUGAUGCUUUUGAUAGAAACGUCGAUGGAUUUCUUAAACCGCCGUGGGUUUGACAGAGGCGCCGAUUUGUUGAGCAAGUUCCAGCACUACUCAUUUACCCUGGUAAUGUUUAAGAUAUUGUUAAAAAUCGUCAUCACCAUCUUCGAAAGGAAAACCGGGAUUGUCGUUUUGGAAGGAAACCCCACGUUACAGGACCACUUGAACUCUGCCCGUGAUAUGAUGCCUGAGCUCUUCGGCAGCGUGGAAUCUUUCCGACUGACUGUUAUUUCUGUUGCACCAUUAGUGAUCAGUCAGUCUCCAUUUGUUGAUGAAACCAAACCAUCCCCCAGUCAAUCGUCAACGUCAUCAUUUUCCAGUGGAAAACGCCAACUUCUCCAUCCCAACGACCCCACAACACAUCUCAACAGCCAGAACAUCCCCUUCAGUCCAUUUCCCUCAUCUGGCCACUUCCAAGAAGACAUUGAUUCGCUCAUUCGUGCUCAAAUGAAAGAACUCCCAAACAUCUUCUUCGACAACAGCCCGCAAUUCUAA